AUGGCUACCGCAGCUACGAUGGAACAGAAACUUAGCAAAGCCAGGGUGGAGAAGCUGAAGCGGCGGUUGAUCCGCGCUGUGGCCUCGAAGGUCGGCCAGGACAGCAAUGAAAAGGAGCUCGAGGAUAUGUGGGAGAAUAUGCAAAGGACCUCCAAGUGUGACUGCAAGCUCUUGUGGAAACACAUGAGGGCCGUGACACUCAAGAAAUUAAAACGUCUGUUGCCAGCUAACGACAUGUUACAGAACAUAACAGCAAUAGCGCGGCUUACUAUGACUGAUUGGCUUUUAUUCGAUCUAGUGUUGGUCCACGAAAACAUCGAUGUUAUUGGAGCAGAUCUUUGGGAUAACACUAGUCAGGAGCCCGAAGCACUGAUAGAUCUAUUUUACCUUGUGGACCAGUAUAAAGCUGAAACCCUCGAAGGAAAACCAUUAAUCGAUGCCUGGCUGACAAUAACUAAACUGUAUAAUGUUGGUGGGCGCAAAUGCUCUCCGAUGCUGCUUCAACGACGUUGGUAUCAGAUGAAGAAGAUGACGCGUCAGCGUUUUUAUAACUUUUGGGGGUCAUACAAAGGCCAUUUGGCGAACUUAGACGCUGCCGAAACCUACAAGCCUACAGCACUUCAAGUCGACAUAAUAAAAAGAUAUAGACGUAUCGUUGAAAACCUAUUUCCGGAAUGGGAGGAAUUGAUAAAUUGCGGAAAAGUCAUCCGAGCACAUGAGUUUGAUGACCGCAUAAAUGAAAAGAGGAAUGGAAUAAAAGAAUCUUUGGACACUGGACCUGAACUUGAAUUGAUUGAGCAAAAAAUCGAAACAAUAAAUCUAUUUCAAGAUAGCGAUUCCGAUACAGACUCUAAAGAUGCAGGCAAAACAUCAAACUCGGAUUUUUCAAAGGUUACCGUAAAAAGAGAACCCGAAAAUAUCGAUUUGACUGAAAUCACCGAGGAAGAUAAUUUAAACGAGAGUAUAAACAUUCCUUGUGAAACACCGUACGGUGAAGAUGAUGACCCUCCACCGCUUGUUAUAGAUUGUAGAGAUUUUUCUAAUGGCAUAAACCAUAAAACAGGAAAAAUACCAACACCUAAAGAUGGAAAAUUACCGCAUACGCAAUGGGAUGAUAACGAAAUAGUAAAGGAAAGUGAUGACAUCGAUAAUACAUUUUCGGCCAUGGUGGACUCAGUUUCCGUGGACUUGAUGAAUUCCUCCGCUGCUAACGAUGAAAAUGAGGAUUCAAGUGCAUCGUUUAAUGACGUUACUGCAAUUAACAACAUUUCUUCAAAUCUUCAGAUAGAAACUCCAUUCUUUAAUAUUGUGAGCAAUGAAGACCAUAGAGAUAUGGAACAUUCGAAUGAAUUUAAAGUCAAAAAAGAAAUUCACUUUGAUAUUGAUAGUGACGAUCAUAGCGCCGCAGAAGAUAUUAUAAAAUUAGAGAAAAACUACGAUGAUUAUAAUGAUAUUGACAUUCAGAAUAACUCUACUAAUCUCCCAAUAAUAAAAAACGUUGUAAGCAUGAUGACUAAAAUAGAACCCACGGUAACGGAAGAAACGGUAAAAAAUAUAUUAGCGCAAAAAGCAGAAACAUUAACAUCAAAAUGGAAAUGUAGUAAUUCUGAAAUAUCACAGCAUUUAGCAACGUGUGUCGAAACUAAAACUGAUGCCGAACUAUUAGGGGAUUUUUCCGAAAUACCAAGUGAUCUCCAGUUUGUAGAUGAUGGCAUUAUUGUCAUCGACAAUGACGAAGAUACUUCCAUAGUUAAUAACCAGCUGAAACAAACAAAUGGUAACUCCGAUGAGAAUGAGACGGCUGAAAUCGAUUUAAAACUGCUUUUAUUUCCGACUGUUUAUACAAAAAAGCUAGAUCACAUGGACGUCUUCAGAUUUAUUGAGUUCGAACACAUACGAGAUAAACGAAUUCUCGACGUCGCGUAUGCUGAAAGUAAACCAAUAGAUGCUUGUCGUGUCAAAGUACAAAAUAUUUCGCAAUCGGAGGACAAAGUGCAUUUACAGAAAGAAACUGACUUGAAUGACGAGCAACAUCAAGUAAUAGAUUCAUUAUGUCAAAAUAUUUUACAGUCGGACAUUGAAAGUGACUCUUUUGUUCAAGGAGACAUAAAGUCAAAAAUUAAAGCAAUUGAACAACAAAGUUUUAAUAAACAUACAGGUCUCCGCUCCGAUAAAGAUUCCGUAUCUAGUGACGAGGAAGAUAUUAUAACCAUACAAGGUUACGCUAAAGAUAAAGUCCACUAUAAAAGCUGGAUGCUGCAAAAACCUCACGUGAAAAGUUAUAACCCGAUUCAGUUGUGCAAAAAUCCUGACUUUAACACUCGCUUGAAGCGGCUAACCGCUGGUUUUCUUAGUUACGAGACAAAUCGAAUCUAUCUUAAAAGAUGCUAUCCCAUUACAAUUGACCUUCAUAAAUCUUUUGAAACGAAACUUAUUGAGGGUACGCUGUACCUAAAAGGCAUUGAUACGUGCAAUAACACCCCUGAAUGUGUUCCUUCAACAGAAACCGGAAUACCUGUUUCUUUGCCAAUUAAAAAUACAGCUACAGACGAUGUAGCUAAACUUAUUGAUAUGACAUCCAGUGCUUCUACGCCUAUUUUUCUUUCGUGUGAAAGAAAUAAAGUAAUAACUUUACCCGAUAUCGCGGAAAUUCGUCGUGCUAAUCAAAGGCUUCUUACAGCCGAGGUUGCGCCGAUUCAAAUAGCAUCGAAUAGUCCUCCAGUAACAAUUCUUACGACUGAAAACUCGAAUGAAUCUGAAUCUGUUGUAAAGGGAAAACAAGAAAAUAAUUCCGAGAACUUGUCAUCUAGUGACAUGGCUAAUAACAUCAAGACCACUUACGAUCCGUCUAGAGAAAAGUCAACUGACUUAAGCGCUGAAUCUAUUUGCUCAAAUACAUUAAGGCCUAAUAAUAAAAACAAAACUCUUAUUGCUGGAUAUAGGCCGCUAGUAAAACCUAAAGUUAAUUGGUUAGAGAAAGGAUCAUAUAAGCUAGAGGAGAAUUUAUUGGCCUCUGAUACUGUAGAUAAAAUGUUGUCGUUGUUAUGUGGAAAUGCGGCUAACAUAGAAAAAGUUAAAAAGAAAAAAAGCUACAAAAUAAAAGAAAAACAGUUUUCAGGUAAUAUUGGUGAUAAAAGAAAAGACGAUAACAUUGUAUCGUCAACAUCUUUUCAUCAAAAAAGCAUACAAAGAUGUGAAAAAGAAAGUAAAGUUAUACCAAACGAAGUGCACAGAAACGAAGCUAAAAUAACAAAAGCUAAACAAAACUUUUUAACUAGAAAACGUAAUAAAAAUGUGUGUUGCUGGGCUAAGAGAAAAAUAUUAAAUCCUAAAGGGAAACUUCGACAUUUUUGUGUGGAAAAAUGCAUUUGUUGUUGUAGAGAAGAACUUUUAGAAAAAUUCCAAGAUGAUUACUUCUUAGAACAAUUUAAUCAGGUAAAGGUUCCUAAACUAAAACAUCAUGUAGUACCUAUUUUUCGUGAAAAAACCAAUGGGGCACUACCAACCAGUGGCAAUAAUGAAGAUGCACCUUUAUCUAUUUGCGUCAACGGUAGUAAUAGUAAUGUAAAUAUACCGCGCUGUAUAUCCAAAAGAAAGUCUCUGUCAUUGGGGAAUUUAAUUGAAGCAAAAAUUACCAAAGUGAACCCAGCUAAGCCACUAUUUGAACUUGAAAUUCAGUUAACAAACAAUGGAGAAAAUAAGCUCGACAUUAAAAACUUAAUUAAUGAUGAUGAAGAUAAUGUAUGUACUGUUAUUAAAAAUGAUACAAAUUCAGAACACACGGUUUCAUUGCUAUCAUCUAUAGAUGACACUAAAGUUAAUUGUCCUCAAAGCGAACCUAAUAAACUUGCCUCUUCUCCACCCGUCUUUAAAGUACCCCGGAUACUCCGUUCACAAUUGGAAUUAAAAAGAAAUAUGAGAGAAACAGUGAGUGUAAUAGACCAAACACAAUUAAAUUCUGGAGUUCCAGAGAAAAGAACAGUACGAGUCAAAAUAAAAAAGCAAGACAAAAUAUCCUCAUCGCCCAUAUAUGUGGGGGAAAAUAAAGUUUUGCUCAGUACAAUUAAAAGUCUAAACGUGGUGAUAGAUCCUCCAAAGAUCACAUUACCGGUGGGAGUGCACUUUGUGUUAUUGCCCAACAAUGAACUGGCAUUAUCUAUAGACCCCGGUGUUGAACUCACUUCAGGUGAGCUGCACCACUUACAGUCGUUAAUACAAACUUUACAAAGAACAUUAUCUGCCACACCUAAGAAAGAAAAUAGCAAUCCAAUAGUGAUCGAUGAGAAUAACGAAAACGUUAAUCACGAAGUGGUUAAAGAAACAGAAUGUAGCAAAGAAAGUGAUACCGUAAUUGAAAAAAUUGACAAUGAACCUAAUAACAGUAGUACGGAAGUGCAAUCUGAAAGUCAAUUAGAGUGCGGGAAUGACAUAGAAAAACAUAGUGACGUAGAAAAAUCUAAUUCAAAUGAUAACAAUGCCGAAAAUGAAAAUAGUAAGAAUGUGGUAAAUGACUCGAAAGACAAUAUAGAUACGAAUUCAGCUGAAUGUGAUACUGAGAACAGUAACAUUAAUACAACAGGCGACACAGUGCGUAAAUCAAUUAUAUCUCAUUUAAUGGAAAUGUCUGGUAUAUCUGAAGAGGACGCUAACGUGUCUGAAAAGCCGGUUCUUUCUAAUGCUGAAACAGAUUCAUAUAUAUCACAUUCUACGACAUCUGAUGCAACGGGGAUGCAUCCAGACAUACUAAGGUUGUUUAAUACUCCAGUGUCUCUUGCCGCAUUGGCUCGUCGACCCGAUUUAAGUAUUAUUACGACAUACCACGAUCUAAAGCAUUCUUUUGAAAAUGGGGCUAGAUUUUUUAAACUGGAUGUAAUUACUGGUGAUAUAAGUGAAAUAAAUGUAGUUAUAAAAAAGAAGGAGGAAAUCCACCCGAUUACUAGUACAGUUUCUAAAGCUCAAAAGUUUGGAGAGUUGAUUGAUUUGACUGAUGAAGAUGAUUCAAGUGAUAAAAUAUAUUUAAAACACCCGGUUAAGGAUGUCAGUUCAACCCGUCCCAAGAAAAGAAAAAAUCAAGAAAAAAUCCUACCACCUGUUAUGGCGUUUGCUAAGCCAGUUAAAUUGUUUAAAGCUAUGCAUCCGUCUAUUUUAAAGAAACAGGUCUUGCGUGGUAAGGGUACAGAAAUUCUAACAACAGCUAUCCGAAGUGGGAAUUCAGGAACCCGUGUAGACGGUAAGACAACAUUCCAAAUAUUAAAUGUAGGUCGUAAAACACAACAUUUAGACCCAACAGAAGAAGUUGGCGACAAGGAAGACGAAAAUCUCCAGAAUUCCACGCUGGCUACAAUUCUCCAGCAAACAUCUUGCACGCAACAGUCUGAUGAAUCCGAUGAAGAGCCCUUAGCGAAAUUAGCUAAACGCAAAGAAAAAUCAAAAAUAGAUGAAGAGGUUCAAAAUACACAAUUGAUAGAAGUGUCAAAUCAUGAAUUUCUUGAUGAAACGACUAAGCCUCUGAAUGAUUCUGAAGAAGAUUGUAUUUUAGGUGUAUAA